AUGGAUAAUUCUUUUAACUGGACUGAGAUCCACAGACCCCAAAGUGCAUUUCCAGCGGUGAAAUUUCAGAUAACCUGGUUCAUUUUGAUUGGGCUUUCUCUGCUGUCUUUGGUAGAGACAUAUGGGUUCAGUAAAUGUACACAGUAUGAAUUGGACAUUCACCACGUGUUCUGCAUUUGGAAGAAGAUCACCAACUUGACAGAUGCCAUUUGUGACAUCCCUGGAUACAUUACUCACCUCAACCUGACACAAAACCAGAUUCAGGUCCUUCCUUCUUAUUGCUUUACUAAUUUGUCUGCUCUGGUGGACUUGAGACUGGAGUGGAAUUCCAUUUGGAAGACUGAGGAGAAGGCCUUUUGGGGACUUGAAAAUCUGACCCUUUUGAACUUAGUAGAAAAUAAGAUUCAAAGUGUGAAUAACUCCUUUGAGGGCCUGUCCAACUUGGAAACUUUGUUUCUGAGCCAUAAUCAAAUCACCCACAUUCACAAAAAUGCCUUUGUCCCUCUUUUCAAAUUGAAACAUUUAAGUUUAUCUAGAAACCUUAUUACCAACUUUUCCAAUAUUCUUGAAGCAGUCCAGCAUCUUUUGCACCUGGAAUACCUUGAUCUUACUAACAACAGCAUCAUCUCCUUAGACCACAGGUCAUUGGUUUCCCUAACCCAGCUGAGCCUGCAGGGGAACAAGCUAAUGGAAUUAAAUUUCUCUUCUUUGUCACUGCCUAAUCUGACCACUCUGGAUGUCUCUCAGAAUAGCCAUGGAAUUAUCCAGAAUGUGACUCUGUACACUCUGCCCCAACUGAAGAGGUUGAAUCUGAGUGGAACACUGGUGAAACUGGAGAUGCUUCCAGUCAAACACCUACAGAAUCUAAGGGAAAUGGACCUUAGUAACCGAGAGUUUAGAGCUGGUCAUUUAAAUUUGAAUACAGUGUGUCACCUCCUCAGAAACUUGCCCAUAUUAGAGGUUUUGGUUUUUAUGAAAAAUGCCACUGACACAAGAGGCAUAAAGCACUUUGCCAACUGUACCAGGCUUUUAUCCCUUGACCUGAGCCAAAGCAGUGAUUUGGUUCACCUCAAUGACAGUGAGUUUGAUGCUAUGCCCAGCCUGUAAAGGCUGAAUCUAAAUAUGUGCCAACUUUCCUUUGUCAGCAACAGGACCUGGAGUGCCCUCCAGAACUUGACAGACCUAGACCUGAGCCACAAAAGUUUUAAAAGAUUUCCAGAUUUUGCAUUUUCACCCUUGAGGUACCUAAAAUCUCUCUUUCUCUCUAGAAAUCCCAUUACAGAACUCAAUAAUAUGGCCUUCUAUGGGCUGUAUUCAUUGAAGAAACUCAACUUGGCUGGGUGCUGGAUAGUGCAAAUUGACAGAUACUCCUUUGCUCAACUUUCAAAUUUAGAGAUUUUAGACCUUGGAGACAAUAAUAUUCGAACUCUGAAGCACAGAACUUUUAAGUUUCUGAAGAAACUCUAAGUUCUGAUUCUCUCCUGGAACUGCCUGAAUGUUAUAGAGAAGGGUGCAUUUUCUGGUCUUACUUACCUCUAUAAACUUGAUCUGGCAUACAAUAUCUUGUCAAGUUUUCAGGCAGGUCUUUUCUUGGGCGUUGAAAAUCUAGAAGUUUUGAAUCUCGGUUUUAAUAAAAUUACAUAUGAAACCACUAAGACCUUGCUAUUUCCUCCAUUUAUGAACCUCAAGUCUUUGAAACAACUUAACCUAGAAGGACAAAUGCAUGGGAUUCAGGUUAUUCCAACCAACCUCUUUCAAGGGCUGAAUGGCUUGCAGGAGCUACUCCUAGGAAAAAAAUCCACGGUAUUUUUGGACCAUCUCCAAUUUGACUUCUCGACUAAUCUCACAGAAUUGGAUAUCUCAGAAACAAAAUCUGGAGAUCGAAGUCUUCAUUUAAAUAUUUCUUUAUUCCAAAAACUCAAAAAACUGAAAAUGCUGCACCUGGAAAACAACAACAUAGAGUCACUGGUUCCUGGUAUGUUCUCCAGCUUAGAAGGCCUUCAGGUCUUCUCUUUAAGAUUCAACAACCUCAAAGUCAUUAAUCAAAGUCAUUUGGAGCAUCUGAAGUCUCUGAUGUACUUUGAUCUCUAUGGGAACAAACUUCAGUGCAACUGUGACAAUGUGUGGCUCAAGAACUGGUCAAUAAACACAGCAAAUGUUCAUACCCCUUACCUCCGAAGCUACCCCUGUUAGCAGCCAAAUUCCCAGAGUUUGUCGAUAGAUUUUGAUGAUGCUAUGUGUAAUUUUGACCUGGGCAAGGUUUACUUCUUAUGUUCUUUCAGUCUGGUCCUCACAACCAUGGUCUUCUCUUGGUUCAGUGCCAAGAUGGCUUCAUCUCUACAUUAUGGGCUCUUCAUAUUUCAAGCCUGGUACCUGACCAAGUGGCAUAAAACAGAGAAAGAGUUUAUCUAUGAUGCCUUUGUCUCUUUCACUGCCUCUGAUGAGCAGUGGGUAUAUAAAGAGCUUGUUCCAGCUCUAGAAGAAGGUGGCCAGCCCACCUUUAAGCUCUGUCUUCACCACCAGGACUUUGAACCAGGUAUGGACAUCUUUGAGAACAUUCAGAAUGCCAUCAAUGCUAGCCAGAAAACUUUAUUUAUGGUCAGUAACCACUACCUACACAGUGAAUGGUGCCACCUUGAAGUACAGCUGGCCAGUAUCAAGAUGUUCUCUGAGCAUGAGGAUGUUAUCAUCUUGAUCUUCCUGGAAGAGAUCCCAAACUAGUUAUCCAGUUACCACCGACUCAAGAAACUUGUGAAGAGGCAUACAUUUAUCACAUGGCCUGACAGUGCCCAUGAGAGGCCACUCUUCUGGGCUCAUAUUAAAAAUGCAUUGGGCAAUAAAUCUGUGGAGAAAGACAAUGCACAAGUAAUUGUGGUUGAAUAACUGGAAGUCUUCAUGACCUCAUAUCCAAUGUUGCCCAAUGUGUGUAUACGCUAAGAGUGUUACUGAACGUACCUGCUCUGCAGGGUAAAGGACAUUAGCUGCUCUUGACCAUAAGAACCAGGAUCAUUUGGUUAAUGUCCAUCAGGCAAUAGGAAGAGUGAAAGGGGAUGCUUGAGGAAUAUUCAGGAACAGUGUCCCCACUGUUAGGGGAUUAGAUAUCUGGAAAGUAUAUCUGUUUUAUUAAGGGGAAGACUUAGGAGACAUUCUGGGGAUCAGGAGAGCCCUCAUAUGUGCUUGAGAACAUUACCCCCCUCGUGUCUCCAAAUCAGUUCCUCUCAAAAUAGAUUGAAUUGCACUCCUUCUAAGAACCUGUAACAACAGAAACACCA